UUCUAUAAAUGGUAAGGCAAUCCUUGGCAGCCUGUCUCUCAGCACUGCCCGUGCCAUCCCCAGAGGAGCCUGAGAAGAGGCGGAGGAAAGCAAAACAUGGCCGCUCUAGAACUCCAGAGUAUCAACUGGCAGACGGCCUUCAACCGGCAAGCGCAUCACACAGACAAGUUCUCCAGCCAGGAGCUCAUCUUGCGGAGAGGCCAAAACUUCCAGGUCUUAAUGACCAUGAACAAAGGCCUUGGCUCUAGAGAAAGACUGGAGUUCAUUGUCUCCACAGGGCCUUACCCCUCAGAGUCGGCCAUGACGAAGGCCGUGUUUCCACUCUCCAAUGGCAGUAGCGGAGGCUGGAGUGCAGUGCUCCAGGCCAGCAACGGCAAUACUGUGACCAUCAACAUCUCCAGUCCCGCCAGCGCACCCAUAGGACGGUACACAAUGGCCCUCCAGAUCUCCUCCCAGGGCGGUGUCUCCUCUGUGAACCUUGGGAAGUUCAUACUGCUUUUUAAUCCCUGGCUGAACGUGGAUAGUGUCUUUAUGGGUAACCAUGCUGAGAGAGAAGAGUAUGUUCAGGAAGAUGCCGGCAUCAUCUAUGUGGGAAGCACAAACCGAAUUGGCAUGAUUGGCUGGAACUUUGGACAGUUUGAAGAAGACAUUCUGAGCAUCUGCCUCUCAAUCUUGGAUAGGAGUCUGAAUUACCGCCGUGACGCUGCUACUGACGUGGCCCACAGAAAUGACCCCAAAUACGUUGGCCGGGUGCUAAGUGCCAUGAUCAAUAGCAACGAUGACAAUGGUGUGCUUGCUGGAAAUUGGAGCGGCAAUUACACGGGUGGCCGGGACCCCAGGAACUGGAACGGCAGCGUGGAGAUCCUCAAGGAUUGGAAAAAAUCUGGCUUCAGGCCAGUCCGAUAUGCCCAGUGCUGGGUCUUUGCUGGGACCCUCAACACAGCACUGAGGUCUUUGGGGAUUCCUUCCCGGGUGAUCACCAACUUCAACUCAGCUCAUGACACAGACCGAAAUCUCAGUGUGGACGUGUACUACGACCCUAUGGGAAACCCCCUGGACAAGGGGAGUGAUAGCGUAUGGAAUUUCCACGUCUGGAAUGAAGGCUGGUUUGUGAGGUCUGACCUGGGCCCCUCGUACGGUGGAUGGCAGGUGUUGGACGCUACCCCUCAGGAAAGGAGCCAAGGAGUGUUCCAGUGCGGCCCCGCUUCGGUCAUUGGCAUUCGAGAGGGUGACGUGAACCUCAACUUCGACAUGCCCUUUAUCUUCGCGGAGGUUAAUGCCGACCGCAUCACCUGGCUGCUUGAUAGCAACACUGGCACGCAGAGGAAGAAUUCUGUGGACAGUCGCAGCAUUGGAAGGUAUAUCAGCACCAAGGCGGUGGGCAGCAACUCUCGCAUGGACGUCACAGACAAGUACAAGUACCCGGAAGGCUCUGAGGAGGAAAGAGGAGUGUUCCAAAAGGCUUUGGGGAAACUUAAACCCAACGCAUCAUUUGGUGCAACGUCUUCACUGGGUUCGGAAACAGAGGAACAGGAGCCCAGCAUCAGCGGGAAGUUCAAGGUCACUGGUUUGUUGGAAGUGGGCAAAGAAGUCAACCUGGUCCUACAGCUCAAAAACCUGAGCAGCGAUAGGAAGAGAGUGACAGUGAACAUGACAGCCUGGACCAUCGUCUACAACGGCACGCUUGUACAUGAAGUGUGGAGGGAUUCUGCCACCUUGUCCCUGGACCCCGAGAAAGAGGCAGAGUAUCCCGUGAAGAUCUCGUACGCACAGUAUGAGAAGUACCUGAAGUCAGACAACAUGAUCCGGAUCACAGCCGUGUGCAAGGUCCCAGACGAGCCUGGGGUGGUGGUGGAGCGGGACAUCAUCCUGGACAACCCCACCCUGACCCUGGAGGUGCUGAGCGAGGCCCGUGUGCGGAAGCCUGUCAACGUGCAGAUGCUCUUCUCCAACCCCCUGGAUGAGCCGGUGCGGGACUGCGUGCUGAUGGUGGAGGGAAGCGGCCUGCUGUUGGGUAACAUGAAGAUCGACGUGCCGACCCUGCGUCCCAAGGAGCGGUCCCGGGUCCGUUUUGAGAUCCUGCCCACCCGGAGUGGCACCAAGCAGCUGCUCGCCGACUUCUCCUGUAAUAAGUUCCGUGCAAUCAAGGCCAUGCUGUCCAUCGACGUAGCGGAGUGAAGGGCCCUGGUGGCCUCCCGUACAAACUUGGGUAAUACGGAGCAGGGAGGACUCACCAUGGAACAAACCCCCUGCCCAUGCUGUCCAGCCUGGGAAACCCUCUCCAUCUCCCAAGGCUGCCAGACAUGGACCUCCAGGCUCCAGCACAUCCCCCCUCCCCUGUCCCCCAGGUCGGGGCUGGGUCCACCCUGGCCCAAGACUCGAUCACUUUUGCACAUCCCCUGGCCGCUUCUCCCCAGGGCUGCCUGCUCUGUGAGCCCCACAGCCCUGCUCAUCCCUCAUGCCCAUCAAUGCUGCAGAAUGGACUGGCCCCUGACCCAGGGACUCUCCAAACGGGAUGCAGGAGAGAAGCUGGUCUAGACCGUUUGCUGAUCCCCAGCCUGCAUGGGGCAUCCCUGCUCCUCUCUCAGGCCACCACAGAGGGCAGGGGAUGGUUAGGCACCUGCCACACCACCCACAACUCAAAAUAAAUGUUAAAUAAGUGCGAUCACAUGGCACCGACUCUACCUGACUGCCAUUGCACCAAUGGUGGUGAAGGAGAGACGGGCUGUGGCCGUGACCUUCUGGAGCAGGGAAUAAACUUGAGGAGGCCAUGUUCUCUGUGUUUCAGUGUCCAAAAGGAGUGGGCUUGAUCUGCAAGGCUCUAGGUGCAAAAAUAGGGAAACAUUUCAAGCCAGUUUAGGAAAACUUUCUAACGUGAUGUCCAAAAAUAGAUACGGCUGCCUUGGGAGGUAGCUCCCGGUCACAGAAGGCUUCCAACAUUCUCUGUGUGGCUGGGCAAGCUGUUCAGGCCUUUCUACAAUGCAUCACAGUGAGAGCGGACUUCAGUUUUUGCUGGAACCCUGUGCCAGAGCAGGCUCUGGGGGUGGCCCAGCCUCUGCACAUAUGGGGCUCCAUACUCCUCUAGCAGCCAGGAGCGAAUGUGUGCUUCCACCAGCCACAGUGCUGUUAACUCACCCUGAACCUUCUCUACCUUUAUACACACUCUGAUGGUUCCUCAGCCUUUGUCCCUUAAAAUAACCUCAAGCAGAUCCCAUUAGCUUUCCUGUCGCUUGUGCUGAGUAAUCCCAUUUUGACAACUCUACAUUAUUUUCUGAACUUAGGAGACCAGUUGAAUCUAAAUAGAAACCUCAACCUCACACCCAGCUUGAAGCUUCCCUCCCGUGUGCAGCACAGGUCUUACUCACGCCUGCAAAGGAGGCACUGUCCAUCUCUCACCUUC